AUGCUCAAUAUAUAUCUUCAAAUAUACUAUAGGCGCAGGUGUGGCUGUGUGGUUGAGAAACUUGCUUCCCGGCCACGUGGACUUGGAUUCAGAUUCUCUGUGUGGUACGUUGGGCAUGUAUCUUCCAGUAUAACCCUGGGCCCACAGUCGUAUGUUUUCUCUACACUAUUCCCACGAUACGUCCAUUUUGGGAUUCUGCAGCAAUUUAACAGACGAUUGCUCUGUUGGUUAGAAGCCUUACCAGUGGUAUUGUUAGGAAUUAGAAGUGCUGUUAAAGAAAAUAUACAAUAUUCUCCUGCUGAACUUUUGCACGGAACAACAUUAACUCUACCUGGUCAAAUGUUCGAAGAAACCAAUUCUUUUAAUGGAGAUGUUAAUGAUUAUGUAACUUGUCUUAAGCGAUUUCUUACUGAUAUUCCUUCUUUUACAAGAAAAUUGCAAAAUGUCAAUAGUUUUGUUCCUUCUGAUAUAAAUUCUUGGACACAUGUAUUUGUACGUAACGAUGCUGCUCAUAAUUCACUGAAAUAUAAAUAUACUGGACCUUUUAAAGUCUUGUCAGUUAGAGACAAAACUAUGACUUUGGAGAUGAAUGAUAAAAAAGAAAUUGUCAGUGUCGACAGAGUAAAAAAAGCUUAUUUCGACCAACAUUCAUGUCAUGAAAAUGAAGAUAUGAGCAAUACAUAUCAACAUAACUUGAAACAAAAUGAUAUUCAAAGAAACAAAUCCAAUGUUAAUGGAAAAACAAAGUCAAUUUUGAAAUUACCUACAGAUGUGAAAAAGACUAGAAGUGGCAGAAUUGUACAUUUUCCAAAAAAACUUUCUCAGUUUGAUUGA